AUGCGCCCGCUUGGUGUCAUCGUCCGGCCCACCUUCACUUCGUCGCACAAGGUCCUUAUAUCAAGCAAGCAGCCGCACCGUCGCCUUUUAACUAUUGGUAAUUUCAAGUCGAUAACCUUUCCACGCGCCGCUGCGCGUUUCCACGAAGCCGAACGGAAGCACAACACACCGUUGCCUGCAGGCCCUAAAGCCCGUGGGCAGGUGGCAUUUAUAAAUACUCCCAAUGUUCUCCCCGGCCAUCCCAUGUCUGACACGCGCUCGAACUCGAACUCUGGAAUGAGCGUCUCGGACGACGGCAACGUCCAGCGCGGCUCCAUGGCUUCGACUCCCUCCACCAGCGAUUCGUCUUCGGACGUCGAUUCAGCGCCGACCGGUGUUGGUCUUUCCAACCCCCAACUUAGUCAUGGCCGACGACAAAUGUUGGACCUCGUCAACAAGCUCCAUAGCACCGGCGUCCAGGUCGACAUCGACCUUCCGCAAAUCGCUGUGAUCGGCUCUCAGAGUGCUGGCAAAUCCUCGCUCAUUGAAUCGAUCUCCGGAAUAACGCUUCCUCGUGCGUCUGGGACCUGCACUCGUUGUCCCACGGAAUGCCGCCUUUCUCGUAGCGACAGCCCGUGGCAGUGCAUUGUGUCUCUUCGAUUCAUCACCGACUCAACUGGCCAACCGCUUGGUCAAGCUCGUAAUCAGCCUUUCGGCAAGGUCAUCUUCGAUAAGGGCGAAGUGGAAGAACGCAUCCGGCGAGCCCAACGCGCGAUUUUGAACCCAAACUUGCCCAUCAAACAUUUCUUGGAAGACGACGAGGACGACUCGAGCCAAGACUCCCAGCUUAGCUUUUCGAACAACUGCGUUACGCUUCAGAUUAGUGGCCCGGAUGUUGCGGACCUCUCAUUUUGUGAUUUGCCGGGCCUCAUCGCGAGCGUCAGCAGUUCAAGGGGUCACGGAAACGACAUCGCCCUCGUUGAGAAUCUCGUCACUUCCUACAUCAAGAAACCAAGCUGUAUCAUUCUCUUAACCGUCACUUGCGAAACCGAUUUUGAAAAUCAAGGUGCCCACCGUUUGACGAAGCAGCAUGACUCAGAAGGAAAGCGGACGAUCGGCGUGUUAACGAAACCCGAUCGCAUCCCAACUGGAGAAGAGACCAACUGGCUCCCUUUCAUCCGAAACGAAAAGGAGACACUCGAAAACAACUGGUUUUGCGUGAAGCAACCCUCUUCAAAAGACCUCCAGUCAAAUAUCACCUGGUCGCAAGCUCGACAAAUGGAGAACGAUUUCUUUUCAUCACAGGCGCCUUGGUGCGAACUCGAAGGGAUGUAUCAAAAAUACUUAAGGACAGGAAAUUUGGUCGAGCGACUCAGCAGCGUCCUAUCGGACUUGAUCGCCAAACGCCUCCCCCAAAUCCAAGAGGAGCUCGAGAAAUCCAUCGUCUCGACUAAAGAGAAACUCCUUCAGCUCCCUCGCGAGCCAUCUUCUGACCCACGCAGUGAAAUAUCCACCCUCCUGCACACCUUCACGAGUGACCUCGCCCGUCACGUUGACGGUGUCCCGGACGAGGUGGAGGCGUCUCCCGACGGCAUUGGCUCUGGCCUCAUUCAAGCCAUCCGACCAGCGCAAGAGCGCUUCCGUAAGGCUAUUCGAGCGACCGCCCCGAACUUUCGUCCAUUUGAGAAAAAGGACAGUGGCAAGAAGCAUCUCCAUCGUGCCGCUUUUUUGCAGUCCGAGGAGGGGAUCGAAGGUGAGGGCGAGGCGAGUGAUUCUGAUGAAGAUGAGGAAGGUAACGCCGUGCUUGACUAUGGAGACCGUGUUGGAAGAAAAAGGAAGUCCUCGUCUGUCGACAACAAGAUAUAUAUCGACGAAGUUCUCGAGAAGGCUCAUCGGGCUCGAACUCGAGAAUUGCCUGGCAAUUACCCAUUCGUCGUUCAAAAGGUCUUCAUCAAAAAUAUCAUCAAAGAGUGGCAUACACCGGCCAUGGUCCUCUGCAGGACUGUCCACAGCACUAUAGCAGACCACGUCAAAAAGCUCGUAGCAAAACAUUUCAGCGACUUCGGCCAGGGAUAUCUGGAGCACCGCGUCAAUGCAAUCAUUCACCUGCACCUCAAAGCGUGCCUCGAGCGCGCACAAGAGCGCAUCGACUGGCUUCUCCAUCUCGAGGACCUCCCCUUCUCACUCAACACUCACUACCUCUCUGAUUACCGAUCCAAAUUCUUCUCAUACUACAAAGGCGCCCGCGAGAAGUAUGAACGGAGCGACGUCAUCCGCGCGAUCAAGCAGCACACCAAGAAUCCUGUUCCCGCAGCUCCGAGUCCGACUGCCAACCGCAAUGUUGCGGUCGCUCCCCCGACGGGCAUUGCCAAAGUCCUCGCCGCUCUCGCAGAGAUUGGGCUUUCUGGGAUCAAGGCGGAAGACAUACCAAAGUUAUUCCCGCCUGAUCGUAUGGAACCAGCGCUUGGGAUCAUGGCUGAUGUUCGAGCGUAUUUCCAAGUUGCAUAUAAACGCUUCGCCGACAACGUCCCCCUUGCUAUCGACCUCGAACUCGUCCGCGGCGUCGAGCGGGACAUCCUCGCCGCUCUCUACAUGAACCUCGGCGUCAACGGCGCCGACGGGCACCGCAUCUGCAAGGAAUUCGCUCAAGAGAGUCCGCAGAUAUCCGAUCGUCGUGCUGAACUCCUGAAGAAGCUCGAACGGUUGGAGUUUGCGAGCGGGGAGUUGCUCUCGCUGGGGAUCUAA